AUGAGCAGCAAGCUGCCGUCGCUUCACGUGAAGGCACUAUGCUCACGCCGCGCCGGAAAGGACGAAAGUGGACGCAACUUUGAGCGGGACUCUCACGAAGCAGUGCAAAUCUCAGAGCUCGGAAUGGUCGGCUCAGAGGACUGGGCGCUGCGGAACCAAGACACUCUUGGCGAGGAGAACGUCCGAGCGCGAGCGCUCCUCCUGCAGCUCGAGGCGCACAACGAUGCCGUCCUCGCGAUGGAUGAAGGCCGUCUUCGCCAUCCUCUGCCGCUCUCGAUUGCCGCCGGCGCGUGGGGCGAAAACGUGCUUCUGAAAGGAACGGACAGCGAGGGACGGCCGUUGGACGCGGCUGCGAUCUGCAUCGGCGAUAUUCUCGAGGCCACUCGAGGCUCGCUCCGGCUGGAGGUCACCUGCCCUCGUCGGCCAUGCUGCAAGGUGGACCAGCAGUUUGGCCAGACGUGGAGAGGUGCAGGCGUUCGCGCUCACACCGCUCGGAACGGCAUGGCCGGCUUCUUUUGCCGUGUCCUCAAGCCCGGCCGGUUGGCCGCUGGGGACGAGCUGCAGGUGGUCCAGCGGCGACGGCCGGAGUGGUCACUCAGGCGGGUGAGCGACGUGGUGUACGGCAGGACUAGCGGCCGGACCAGUGUCGCCGACGAAGCAAGCUACAGCAUCAGAUGCCUCGCGACGAUCGAGAAUUCGGAGGAGAUGGAUCUGCGCCUGGCGCUUCUGCGGGAGCUGGUGCAGGUGAAGGAACUCGCCGACUUUGAGUGGCGAGACAAGAUUCGAGAGAUGCUCCAGCUGCACGAGAGCAGGCGUUGCCUUCUCCAAUGA